AGGGGCGCUUGUCUCAGCACUUGGCUGCGGGCUCCUUAAGGGCAGGGAGUCCACUCCUGGCUGGGUAUCCCAACACGCAACUUGGCAACAAAAAAGUGUACCGUCUCCAGUUGCCUAGAUGGAUCCAGAGAAAAAUGACUUCUAUGAGUGUUAAAUUGCCACUUAAUAUGAUGUCAAGAAAUAAUUCGCAAGCAUCUACUUGUAGAAUGACAGAGCCAUUUAAUUUUGAGAAAAAUGAAAGCAAGCUUCCAUCACCUGAUUCUUUAAGGAGUCCUGGAGCACAUCCUAACCAUCCCAACUUCAGGUUGAAAAGCCCAGAGAAUGGAAAUAAAAAGAACAAUUUUUUACUUUGUGAGCAAACCAAACAGUAUUUGGCUAGCCGGGAAGACAAUUCAGUAUCUUCAAUUCCUAAUGACCUCAGUGGAAAUGUGGUUGGAUCCAAAGGAGACGGGAAGACAUUGCCAUCAGGAAACUCAGUGUCACCAUUAAAUGUUAUAAAAAAUUCACCACCCAAGGAAGUAAUUUCUAAGCCUUGCAAGAAUGUGCCUCCUACAAAGUCAAAAAAAUUACACAAGUUGGUUGAGAAUUCCUUGUCCAUAAGUAAUCCAGUGCUCUUCAACUCCUUAGGACCUCCUCUCAGGUCAACAACUUGCCAUCGCUGUGGCCUGUUUGGGUCGCUGAGGUGUUCCCAGUGCAAGCAAACGUACUACUGUUCCACAGCAUGUCAGAGAAAAGACUGGUCAGCACACAGCAUUGUGUGCAAGCCUGUUCAGCAAAAUUGUCACAAACUUGAAAAUAAUAAAUUGCCAUUUGAAAAAAAGAACAUGGAAGGGAAAAACGAGGAUAGCGACUAUCCACCUGGAGUUACUAAAGAUACAGCCACUUGUGCUGAGAAAAUUAUGUUUUCAGAAUUGAGAAAUCUACAUCUCAAGAAAGCCAUGGAGAUAAAGGGUACAGUUACUGAAUUCAAGCAUCCGAGUGACUUUUAUGUGCAGUUGUAUUCUUCAGAAGUGGUAGAAUACAUGAACCAGCUCACUGUGAGCUUAAAAGAAACAUAUGCAAAUAUGGCGCAUGAAGAAGAUUAUAUCCCUGUAAAGGGAGAAGUUUGUGUUGCCCAGUACACUGUCGAUCAGACCUGGAACAGAGCAGUAAUACAAGAUACUGAUGUGCUGCAGAAAAAAGCGCAUGUCUUAUAUAUUGAUUACGGAAAUGAAGAAAUAAUACCAGUAAACAGAAUUCGCCAACUAAACAGAAACAUUGACUUGUUUCCUCCUUGUGCCAUAAAGUGCUUUGUGGCUGAUGUUGUCCCAGCAGAAGGGAAUUGGAGCAGCGAGUGUAUCAAAACCAUGAAAUCACUGUUAAUGGAGCAGUACCUCUCGAUGAAGAUUGUGGACAUCUUGGAAGGAGAAGUGGUUACCUUUGCUGUAGAUGUUAUGCUGCCAAGUUCAGGAAAGCCUUUAAACCAUGUGCUUAUAGAAAUGGGAUAUGGCUUGAAAUCCAAAGGACAGAAUUCUAAGAAGCAAAAUGCAGAUCAAAGUGAUCUUGAAGAUGCUGGGAAAAUGAUAGCUGAAAACAAAAUCGUUGUAAACAAAAGUGACCUCAUCCCCAAAGUGUUAACUUUAAAUGUAGGUGAUGAGUUUUGCGGUGUGGUUGCCCACAUUCAGACUCCAGAAGACUUUUUUUGUCAACAACUACAAAGUGGCUAUAAGCUCGCAGAACUUCAAGCAUCCCUUAGUGAGUACUGUGGUCAAGUGUCUCCACGCUCUGAUUUUUAUCCAACCAUUGGUGAUAUAUGUUGUGCUCAGUUCUCAGAGGAUGAUCAGUGGUACCGGGCUUCUGUUUUGGCUUAUGCUUCUGAAGACUCUGUGCUGAUUGGAUAUGUAGAUUAUGGAAACUUUGAAAUUCUUAGUUUGACAAGACUUUGUCCCAUAGUUCCAAAGCUGUUGGAAUUGCCCAUGCAAGCUGUGAAGUGUGUGCUGGCAGGAGUAAAGCCAUUAUUAGGAAUUUGGACUCCAGAAGCUAUUUGUCUCAUGAAAAAUAUCGUACAGAACAAAAUGAUCACGGUGAAGGUCGUAGACAAGUUGGAGAACAGUUCUCUGGUGGAGCUUCUAGACAGAUCCGUGACGCCGCACGUCAGCAUCGCCAAAGUUCUCAUAGAUGCCGGCUUCGCUGUGGAAAAGGGGUUGGUGACGGAGAAGCCUAGCAAUGCGAAGGAAGCCAGUGGUCCCUUAAGUGUAGAAGGAAAAGUAAAUCUGUUGGAAUGGACAUGGGUUGAACUUGCUGUUGACCAAACAGUGGAUGUCGUGGUCUGCAUGGUAUAUAGUCCUGGAGAAUUUUAUUGCCAUGUGCUUAAAGAGGAUGCUUUAAAGAAACUCAAAGAUUUAAACAAAUCACUAGCAGAAUUUUGCCAGCAGAAGUUGCCUAAUGGUUUUAAGGCAGAAGUAGGGCAACCUUGUUGUGCCUUUUUUGCAGGUGAUGGUAAUUGGUAUCGUGCUUUGGUCAAGGAAAUAUUGCCCAAUGGACGUGUUAAAGUGCAUUUUGUGGAUUAUGGAAACAUUGAAGAAGUUAGUGCACAUGAACUCCAGAUGAUAACGCCCAAGUUUCUGAAACUUCCAUUUCAAGGGAUACAGUGCUGGUUAGUAGAUGUACAGCCUGGAAACAAACAUUGGACUAAAGAAGCCAUUGCAAGAUUUCAGAAGUGUGUUGUAGGGAUAAAACUCCAAGCGAGAGUGGCUGAAAUCACUGAAAAUGGGGUGGGAAUUGAACUCACUGAUCUUUCCACGUCUUAUCCCAGAAUAAUUAGUGAUGUUCUGAAUGAAGAACAUUUGGUUUUAAAAGCUGAUUCACCAUAUAAAGACUUACUAAACAGACCUGUGAAUAAGCAUGAUCCUCAAACCGAUGCCCACGGGCUCCAAGCCAUCUGUUCAGCUGAACCUUCAGUUGAGCCAUGGAAGACAAUAGAAUUACCAGUUAAUAAAACUAUACAAGCAAGCAUAUUAGAAAUUGUAAAUCCUUACUUAUUUUAUGCCCUGCCAAAUGAGAUGUCAGGAAAUCAGGAAAAAUUAUGUGUAUUGACAGCUGAAUUGUUGGAAUAUUGCAAUGCUCAGAAAAGUCGGCCAUCCUAUAGACUAAAAAUUGGAGAUGCGUGCUGUGCCAGAUACACAGGUGACGAUUUCUGGUACCGUUCAGUUGUUCUGGAGACAACAGACGCUGAUGUGAAAGUGCUCUAUGCAGACUACGGAAACAUUGAAACUCUGCCUCUCUCCAGAGUGCAGCCAAUCACUGCCAGCCACUUGGAGCUUCCAUUCCAAAUUAUUAAAUGUUCGCUUGACGGAUUGAUGGAAUUGAAUGGAAGCCAUUCUCAAUUAAUAAUAGACCUACUAAAAAACUUGAUGUUGAAUCAGAAUGUAAUGCUUUCUGUGAAAGGAGUUACUAAGAAUGUCCAUACAGUGUCCGUUGAGAAGUGUUCUGAGAACGGAACUAUCAACAUAGCCGAUAAGCUGGUGAUAUAUGGUCUGGCAAAAAACAGCACAUCUAAAAAGCAAGAAAAGACAUACAAGAUGAAUUGCUGCUGCACAGAGCUACAGAAACAAGUUGAAAAACAUGAACAGAUUCUUCUCUUCCUCUUAAACAAUCCAACCAAUCAAAAUAAAUUUAUUGAAAUGAAGAAACUGUUAAAAAGCUAAAAACAUUCUGUCUUGAAGAUAAACACUUGUGAGAAAGGAAACAGCAAAGGCCAGACUUAGCAGAAAAAUCACCCCGCAUACUGUGCUUUUGUUUAUCAGAAGAUUUUUUUGGUCUCCUUUUUUUAAAUGACUUUUUAUGCCUCCAUUUGUUUUUGCUUACCUACCAUUCUUAUAUGUAGGUCGGUUUUUAUUGAUUUUUCUUCUGAGUUUUUGUACCAAAUGAGUCUUGCAUGAAAGAUUCAUACCAAAUUCACGAGAAUUCUGUUCUGGGAAAGAUACAUUCUGCUACCUGUGUCGCUUACUACUUAAAGAUACCAAAGAAAUGUGGUUCCAUGUUCAUACUGGAUAAAUCUGGUUGUUGAAUAUAUAAGUUUUAAGACUUUACUGUGUGUUUGAAAUACUUCCUAAUACAAUACUCACUACCUGUCAUCAUCUGCCUUCUGCACAUAAUAAAUGCCCUUCGGUUUUGCUCCUGUGUGGUGUGCCGAGGGGCCAUCAGUCCCCCCUCUCUGCUCAUUGGAUUGCUUGUCUUUAGGCCUUCGUGCAUGGAACCUGUCCUUGAGUGCUGGACCACUCCUCUGGUCUUAACCGUCCCUCCACCUCUUAGUCUGUGACCAGUUAAGAGUCUUAUUGUAGAUGGAAUGUACUGUUUUCUGGAGCACAAAUACAGUUAUCAAUUUCAGUUAAAAAAAAACAAAAAC